GGAACUACUAUCUACAGUGCCGACGUCACUGAACCGAUCGAAUAGCUAGUCUCCCCUAGUCAGAGCAUUGAAGGAAAACAGUCAUUUCUUCUUAAAUAAUGCGGAUUGAGAGACUUACUCUUCAUCGGGCAACGGAAAAAGAGUGAUCUCUUUGCGGUAUUAUCCUGCAUGUUUAGGAGAAGGAUGACUUGGCAGGGAGCGUCGCUGAAUAUACGGUACCUAUUCAGCGUCGGCGUACGGUACUACUAUCGAGUGCGCAUCGUGCUAUUCGCGUGCAGUAUGAGCACAACGCAAAGCAUAGCAGGAUAUGUACCCAGCGGCGUUCGAAAACAAGGGAUAUCCUCGAACCUCAAAUACUCAUCCGAGUCACGGUUAGAUGUCGUCUAACUACAUAGUAUUACGUGACGCGCGUCCGUGUGAAAGCGCCAGUCUAGCCCAACACCAUAUAUCCGAGCUGAAGUCAUCGCUCUGGCAACCAAUCUGUAGAUUGUUGACUUCAUGUCAGACUAUCGUCCCCUGCUUGAUCAUGCAGGCGAUUCCAGUUCCCACUACGGCACCAGCAGUGAUGCCACUGAUGGUCCAACACUCUCGUACGUUGAUGAGCAGAACAGACCGAUGGUGGAGAGAAGGCUUCUCCGCAAGCUAGACCUUCGAGUAGCCUUUCUGAUUCUUAUUUACAUCAUGAGUUGUGUAAGUCUGGUGUACCUAGUUGCAGCGAGGCUUCGUGGUUUCGAGAAGGAUCUUGGCAUGACAGGGAAUCAGUUCAACACACUAAUUAGCAUUUUUUACACGGGAUAUGUGUUGCUACAAGCUCCUUCCAAUGUGUUCUUAGAUCGCAUAGACAGGCCAUCCAUAUACCUCUCAAGUUGCAUGGCAAUAUGGGGCGCUAUCACCUUGUCCAUGGGUAUGUACCUGUAUCAUACUGCUCUUAUCUUGCGUUUCUUUCUCGGAUUUGUUGAGGCGUCGUUCUUUCCCGGAGCUGUAUUUCUUCUCUCACGAUGGUAUAAGCGCAACGAACUAGGGCUACGCACGGCGCUUCUUGAUUGCGGCAACUCAAUCAGUUAUGCUUUCAGCCCACUUGCGGCGUCAGGAAUUUUGGCAAGCUUUGAUGGUAUACUGGGCUUUCCUGCUUGGAGAUGGCUCUUCUUUCUGGAGGGCAUUUUAACCAUCGUGAUUGCAGUGUCCGCAAUUUGGAUUUUACCAGAUAUUCCUUCGACGCCGAGCGUCUGGCUUUCGCCUGAUGAACAAACCUUAGCCAAACGGCGGGCGGAAGAGGAAACUGCAACCGGAGAUGAGCACCAGGGCAAGCCUGUAGAGGGCUUUUCUGGUCUCGUGGAGGCUCUUGUGGAUUGGAAAGUAUGGUGGCUUGGUACUGCUCUUUGUUUCAUGGUUGCUUCUUUAUCAUGCGGCAAUUUUUUCCCGACACUGUCCGCUACAAUGGGUUACAGCGCGACUGUCAGCCUCCUGCUCUGCGCACCUCCGUGGAUUUUGGGAACUGCAACUUCGUUCAUCGUGGCCUGGCACUCCGAUGCAACUGGUGAACGCUUCUGGCAUAUCGCCGGCCCUAUACUUGUCGGCGUCGCUGGGUUUAUCAUUGCCAUUUCUACCAUGAAUACGGCUGUUCGAUAUCUGUCGCUGUUCUUUAUGACUCAGCCCCCAGUUGCCUUUGUCGUCCUUAUCACCUGGGUCAUGAACACCUUUUCUCAAUCGCAGUCGAAACGAGCUGCAGCCAUCGGGUUAAUAAACUCGAUGGGAAUGUUUGGCAACAUGGGUGCAUCGUACUUCUGGCCGUCCAGUUGGGGACCUACAUACGUGAACUCAUACCUCAUUUGCACCUUGACAAGCAUUAUAUGUAUUGCGAUGUGUUGGGCGUUCAGGCAGCACCUUGCCCGGUGUAAUGAAGCUGCUGAAGCCGAAGAGGAAGCUCUAGGGCUGCCAAAGGGUUUUAGAUAUCUCCUGUAG